AUGGCUCCUCCAAGAUCCAGCCGGGUGCGGCCUUCAGAGGUCGCAGCUGAUACCAAGAGGAACUUCAUUCCACUUGUCAAAAAGAACUACGGGGAAGUUUUCCCACCAUACUCUUACCUCUAUAGACAGCCCAUCAUGCAACUCGCCAUCCAGCGUCAGAAGCCUACGACUCGGCCACCCUCCUUCAGAAUCGAAGUGGGAGACCCAGUCAUGAAGGCAUUGACAUAUGCAGCCAUGGACACACAACAAAGCGAGGCUAUGGGAGGUCCUCGAGUGCGGAUUCCGUUCAUAUGUGCUGCGAAUGAACGGAGGCCCGGAGGUGACUGGGAAACUGGAUGCGUCGGAUAUGAGGAGAAGUUAUGCCGCCGAAGUAACCUCUCAGCCACAUUGAACACGCCAUGGCCGAACUCGCCGGAGCCCAACAACUACCCGAUCCCAUCACAGGGUGGCAUCUUAUCUGAUGCUGUUGUGGUUUGCCGUGGACCACAUGACCGCUACGACAGGCUGGAGAGCUGGUUUGACCUACCCGUCGUGUCGGUACCACCAACCCGAUGGCCCAAACUCAAAGACAACGGGCUCAAGUACUCUUUUGCAGAGGAACGUGAGAUGACUCGUGAUAAGCUUCGCGGAGCUCUUCGUAUCUGUCUUUACAACGGAUAUGACCGUGUUGUCAUUGGGGACUUUGGCUUGGGCAAUGGCUACCGCAAUCCUCCCCAAGAGCUGGCAGAGCUCUGGCGGGAUGUAUUGCUCUUCGAUCCCGACCUUCGAGGACAGUUUGCCUACGUUGUCUUUGUCUUUGAAGACCCCCUACAAAGCACAAUGCGCCACAUCAUGGACGAGAUUACCAAGAAGGAGAACAAGGGCAAAUCUAGGACUGGAUCCUCCAGCUCGUCUGGGUCAAGCAAAAGUCACAGUAGUGCUCCCGCUGAUCGUGAAAUUUUCGAGCACGUCUUUAGUGCGAGUGAGGUCGACCGAGUUCUGCGACAGCCUGACCCACGAUAUGGACUUAACAUGAUUACAACAUGA